AUGACUGAUCAUGCAAUCUACCAACAAUCCAAGCAAUUGGCUGGAUUGUCAAUCACCAACUCUUCAGGUACCAAGGUCAGCAUCUUGAACGACAGCCCUUCAGAACUCGGGGGUGCCUCUUCUAACCCAGACGGUAGUGCACAGCAGGCUGAUCUGAGAUCGCCACACGCCUCAGAGCUGCAUGGACAGCAUUCGGCGUCCGUGCGGUCACCUCGAUCCCCGCACUUCCGCGACCGCGCUGGUGUGCGCGAUUACUUCUCAGAGGAGCGCCGGGACCCUUAUUACUACCCUUCCUCGUCCUCUUCCUCCCACAAGUCUAACCGCCACCGCUCAGAGAGCUACGAGACCGGCCGUUCGACAUCCUUGACCAAUGCGGCCACCCCUUUUCGGUCUGGGUUCGAUACACGAGGCCAAGACGCACUGGCCAACUCUCAGAGAAGCCGCAGCUUGAGCAGCGGUGCUCAAUUAUACCCUUACAGCAACGGGCCCUACCCUUCCUCCCCUGCGUUUGUGCCUCCUCCUGGCUCAUCUCCUCUGCCCUUUUUCAUGCGCGCCUUCUCCGAAGAUGUCUCUCAAGACGAUCAUGAUGGCUACCGCGGAUAUAUGGGCCACCCAGGCUUGCCUGAGGGUCUCAUUGCCGGUCCAAGCUUCUCCAAGCGCAAGUAUUCAUGCACACACCCCGGAUGUAAUAAGCGCUUCACGACAAGUGGACAUUUGGCCCGCCACAACCGUAUCCACACGGGCGAACGCAACUUUGCAUGCUUGAUGCCUGGUUGCCCAAGCAAGUUCUCGAGACAGGAUAACAUGAUGCAACAUUACCGCACUCACAUCUCGCCCAAGUCGCGUCGUGGAGGCUCCAAGAAGUACGACCCUCAGGACCCUGAGGCCGGCGGCGUUGAAGGAAGCGAGUUUGAGUCGGCUGAAUAUCUUGCUUCGCCUUCCCAGGAUAACAACAACUCUCCCUCGGUAGCGGCGGCGGCGCUCCCACCUACUGGAUCUUCUCGUCAUGGGUCCAGACAUAACUCGCCACCUCGCUCGUUCUCAUCCGAUGUGCAGCAGCAACAGCAGCAACAUGGAGGAGAGGGUAUGGACUGUGAUGACCAACUCGAUCGCCCUGCAUCCCGACAGCACUCACAGGAUUCGCCAAAGACUCAUGGAUCGCAGUCUGCUGUAGCUUACCCGCCACCCCUCCCUACGUCAACCACCUCUCACCAUCGUGAGCGUGAGCGUGGAGAGCACCAUCACCAUCACCAUCAUCACCAGAGCGGCGCACAGGAUGGAGGUCCCCAACCAUGGUCGGUCCCAGAUUCUCCUACAUCGCCCAUGACGCAGGUCGUCGAGCGCAUGGAGGACGUAGCAUCUACCCGAGACCAGCAGCUGUUCUACUACCGACAGCAGCAGCAGUACCAACAGCAGUACCAGCAGGAGUACCAACAACGCCAGCAACUCAAGAAGCAGCGACAGCAGGAGGCCAAGGCUACUGCCGCCGCCGCCGCAGCAGCAGCCAGUGGACACUACCAUGCGACCGCCCAUCAUCUGUCGCACUCUGGUGCUGGCAGUAGCAGCAGCGCAAGUGGAGACCACCGCGAGCGUGAUCAUAGCCACCGCCACCACCAUCAUGGCGGUCAUGGAUCUUCCAGCCUCCAUGGCAGCGGAAGCCGGUCUUUGGGUUCUCCUACUCUGACCUCGUCGUCGACCUCGUCCGCGGCUGAGUUGCAUCCACGCGCGUACUCUUACAGCCACUCUCAGCACACCCAUUCGUCUUUGGACCGACCCAUGAUGUCGAGCAGUAACAGUGGCGGACGCACAGGUUCGUUGACCAGCGCUGCCAUGGCGGCUAUGUCGAUGACCGCUGCCAGCUCAACUCCUCUCUCGCCCCAGUCGACACCCGCCACGCCCACAAAGUACCGCUUCGAUCCUAUCCAGGAUUGCAUCCAGCAGGAGCGUCGCCAGCGCGAGGAAGCUACCCUGUAA